GCAUGUGCUUGAUCCAUAAAGGAUACCAACAGAGUGUAACCGAUUGGCACGUGUAUAAAUAAUUUUGACUUUAAAAAAUGGGGAAAAUUAACGUUGCUCUAUUACGUUACCUGAACACGGAAGAUUAUCGUGUCUUGACUGCCGUUGAAAUGGGCAUGAAAAAUCACGAGCUCGUCAAUACCAAGUUGAUUGCUAUGAUUGCCCAGCUAGCUGGAGGUGGAGCUCACAAAAUUCUCAUGAGACUCUCCAAAGAACGCUUGGUUGCCUAUGAGCGGGGAAAGCAUUAUGAUGGUUAUCGUUUAACAAAUUUGGGAUAUGAUUUUCUGGCUCUCAAAACAUUUGUGAAGAAGAAUGUUCUGCACUCGUUUGGUAACCAGAUUGGUGUGGGAAAAGAAGCUGAUGUUUAUGUUGUGGGUAAUGAAGAACAACAACAGCUGUGUCUAAAAAUACAUAGGCUAGGGAGAACUUCAUUCCGUAAGAUCAAAGAAAAAAGGGACUAUCACCAGCAUCGCAACAACGCCUCCUGGAUUUAUCUUUCUCGGCUUUCUGCCACCCGCGAAUUUGCCUACAUGAAAGCUCUUUAUGAACGUGAAUUUCCCGUUCCCCAACCUAUUGACUUCAAUCGUCAUUGUGUCCUUAUGGAAUUAGUGAACGGCUAUCCACUAUGCCAACUGAGAGAACUGAAUGACGCAGGCGCUUUGUUUGAAGAAUUGAUGAACUUGUUGCUGAAAUUGGCCAACUACGGUGUUAUCCACAGCGAUUUUAAUGAGUUCAACAUCAUGAUCGACGAUAACGAGAAACCGAUUUUAAUCGAUUUCCCACAAAUGAUUUCCACCAGCCACUCUGAAGCAGAAGAAUUUUUCGACCGCGAUGUGAAAUGUUUGAAAGAUUUUUUCAAACGGCGUUUCAAUUUCGAGGGCGAAGCUUAUCCUGCCUUUACGGACGUUGUGCGUGAGGCCAAUAUUGAUGUUGAAGUUGCUGCCAGCGGUUAUGUCAAAGAACUUGAAGAUGAAUUGGAUGAAGACUAUAACGAAGAAUCUGAUGUGGAUGUAGAUGAUCGCGAGAACUCCAAGGAUGACAAAAUCUCACAAGAAAUUGCAGAGAAAGUUGACACUCUGACCACAGCAAAUGCGAAAGAAACUAUACAAAAGACCACGGAACAGUUAUUAUGCGAAAAAGAUAAAGUUGAUGACCUUAUACCAGCGGAAAAUGAAGUUCCAGAGCCACUUGAUCGGGAUUAUGUCCCUAUAGAUCGGAGCGAAGAGCCAAUAGAAGACGCAGAAGACGUGGAACAGCUUUCAGAAAUGUUAACAGAUUGGUCCGGAAUAAAAACAAAGAACCGCGGAACAGGGAGCACAGCAUCCAUGUCAACCAUUCACCCAGAUGUCAUCAAACAAAGAGUGAAGAAAACUAUUACCAAACGACAGAACGUCCAGGCAGUGCAGAGGAUACGCGCCAAGGGUGAAGCGAGUGCCGCCACCCGCAAGAAGAGAGAAAAUAAAGAAUUAAUCCGGGCUGAUGGUAUCUGGGGUUGGGACAAUUGAUACUGUAAUUUUUAAUAUACAACGGAUUGUUAACAAAAGCAAAAA